AUGGCCCCCGCGACCGACCCCUACACCAGGGCCAGCUUCGGCCUCAACACGGGCAACGCCAUCCCUGCCGUCGGCCUCGGCACCUGGCAGUCCUCUGACUCGCAGACGCGCGAUGCCGUCAAGCACGCUCUCCAGAGUGGCUACCGCCACAUCGACACGGCCCUCAACUACGGCAACGAGAAGGAGGUUGGAGAAGGCAUCAGGGCCUCGAGCGUUGCUCGCGAAGACAUCUGGGUCACCACCAAGCUGGACAACCCCUGGCACCACCGCACCCGCCAAGGUUUCGAAACGUCUCUCAAAGACCUCGGCAUUGGCUACAUCGACUUGUUCCUCAUCCACUUCCCGUGCUCCACCGACCCCGAUGAUGGCUCCAGACACCUGCGCGACUGGGACUAUGUCAAGACAUGGCAGGAGAUGCAAAAGCUGCUUGACACGGGCAAGGUGAAGAACAUUGGCGUUUCCAACUUUCAGAUCCGUCACCUCGACAAACUUCUCAGCGAUCCCUCCUGCAAGAUUGUGCCAGCCGUCAACCAGCUUGAGCUGCAUCCUUAUAACCCAUCGCCCAAGCUGCUCGACUACUGCGCGUCCAAGGGAAUUCACUGCACCGCCUACUCUUGUCUGGGCGGGCACACAAAGUCCCCGUGGAACAACCACACCGACCUCGUCGAGAACCCCACGGUACUCAAGGUUGCCCAACAAAAGAACAAAACGCCGGCACAGAUACUGGUAAAAUGGGGCUUGCAGCGAGGGACCAGUGUCAUCCCUAAGAGCGUCACCCCCGCACGCAUUGACUCCAACUUUAAUUUGGAUGGCUGGUCUCUAACAGAUGAGGAACACGCCGAGAUAAGCGGCAUCAAGACGCGGGCAAAGGUGGUGGGCGACAGCUGGAUGCCGAUCAAGGUCUUUUUUGGCGAUGAUGAGUAG